AUGGGAAAGAUCUUGUGCUCUUUGAUCUUCUCCUCCCUUCUUUUGUUUUCAUUAAAGGCAAGAUCCCAAGAAGUUGAGGAUGAAAGAGGGUUUGAUUAUGAAAGAGAUGGGGAAAAAGGACCGGUCCAUUGGGGAGAGCUUAGAGCAGAGUGGCAUAAAUGCAAGGGUGGGUUAAUGCAAUCUCCAAUUGAUCUAUUGCAUGAAAGAGUUGAAGUUAUUUCACAUUUGGGUGACCUUCAAAUCAACUACAAAUCUUCUAAUGCCACACUCAAGAAUAGAGGCCAUGACAUGAUGAUGAAAUGGGUGGAUGGAGGUGGAUACACGGAGAUGAAUGGAACUCAAUAUAAACUAAAACAGUGUCAUUGGCACUCACCUUCUGAGCACACCAUUGAUGGCAAGAAUUUUGAUCUUGAAGCUCACUUAGUUCAUGAAAGCUCAAAUGGAAUGGUUUCUGUCAUUGGAAUCUUGUAUCAAAUUGGAGAACCCGAUUACUUCUUAUCAACGAUUAAAGAAGAUUUAGAAGUGGCCUCAAAUACACACGAAGAAGAGAGAGUGGUUGGAAUAAUUGAUCCAAAUAUAUUGAAAAUGGGUAGCAAACAAUAUUAUAGAUACAUUGGCUCACUUACUGUUCCACCAUGCACUGAAGAUGUUAUGUGGACUAUCAUUCAUCAGGUGAGGACUGUUACAGAAGAGCAAGUAAAAUUACUUCGAGUGGCUGUCCAUGAUGACUCGAAUUCUAACGCAAGACCAUUGCAACCUAUCUACAACAGAACAAUGCAACUCCAAAGAUCCAAAGACAGUGAAUAAUGAGGAGA